AUGCUGUGGCUCUGCAAUUCCUCCCAAAGGCUGCGGGGCUUUCGCAUUUUGGUUCGGUUUAGGACCAAAGCAGCCCUUGGCAACCCUGCUGAACGCCCCUCUGGCUGUGCCCUCGCCGCGCCCGGGAGGGACCAGUCCGAGGGCAGGAAAAAAGCCCUCAAAACACGGGAACCGAAGGGCGAAACGGAGCGGAGCCGCGCCGCGGCCGGCAGCGGGGGCGGAGCAAGGCCGGCAGGGGCGGAGCGGGGCGGGCAGGGGCGGAGCAAGGCCCGUAGGGGCGGAGCAAGGCCGGUAGGGGCGGAGCAAGGCCGGCAGGGGCGGAGCUGGGCGGAGGGAGGAGCAGGGGUCCCUCCCGGUGCUUCCCCAGGCCGUGAGCCUCGUGGGAGGCGGCAGCUGCAGACGUUCUCGGUAAGUGCCGCCGCCGGGUCCCUCUCCUGCUCUCUGCGGGUUUUGCGGCUCCAGCCGCGGGCUCCCCGCUCGCCCCCACCAGUCGAGGACUCCCUUCGCACUUCUAGCAGUGGGAAGAUGCUGGUGGACAAAAAUGAAUCUUGGUUGUCUAAUUUCUCCUCUGCUGCUUCAUCCUUUGUGAAGGGAGGUGACAGCCUGGCAGGAGUGGGCCUUCAGGAGGUGGUGGUUGGGCUGCUGCUGGCUCUCAUUGACCUGCUCACCCUGCUGGGGAACACUGUGGUCUUCCUCUGCCCCGUGGUGGAGAAGAGGCUGCGCACAGUCACCUACAUGUUCAUCAUGUCCUUAGCCAUGGCAGACCUCCUGGUGGCUUGUCUGGUCAUGCCCUUCAGCAUCAUCUAUGAGGUGACAGGGAUGUGGCUGUUUGGGAGGCUCUUCUGCAAAGUCUGGAUCUCCUUUGAUGUCAUGUUCUGCACUGCAUCCAUUGUCACCUUGUGCUUCAUCAGCUUGGACAGGUACUGCUCCGUGGUGACUCCCUACCACUAUUCCAGGAGGAUGUCUCGAGGCAGGUGCAUCCUGAUGACCUGCACGGUCUGGGUCUACUCCUCCCUCAUCUCCUUCCUUCCAGUCAUGCAGGGCUGGAACGAGAUCCCGGGGGUGGCCUUGGAGGUGGGCCGGGAGUGCAUCUUUGUCACCAACUGGGUGUUUGCCCUGGUGGCCUCUGGCCUGGCCUUCUUCCUGCCCUCGCUGCUGAUGUGCACGAUGUACUUCUUCAUCUACCGCGCCUCGCGCCUCAAGGCCACCCGCGUCGUGUCGCAGGCCCUGGGCGUGCACUACCACCCCGCCAGCCGGCGCCAGAACCACCUGCAGCUGGAGCACAAGGCCACCAGGACCAUCAGCAUCCUCAUCUCGGCCUUCGUGCUCUGCUGGCUGCCCUACUUCGUGCUCAACGUCUGGCUGGCCGCGCGCGGUGCCGCUGGCGCCCUGCUGGCCGACGCCUUCAAGGUCAUCACCUGGCUGGGGUACUGCAACUCCACCAUCAAUCCCCUGCUCUACGCCUUCCUCAAUAGGGACUUCCAGCGGGCCCUCAAGAAGCUGCUGGGCUGCAGGCACAGGUCUCAGGUGGACAUCGGAGCAGAUGUGGUCUCCAUAGCCACCUUCUCCAAGACUGCUCCAGACCUCGACUACAGCCUUGCAGUGCCAGCACCCAACGGCCUCCUGAAGGGCAAACCCAAGUGA